AUGGGAGGAGAAAAUGUGAGUUUCCCCAACACAUUUGUCCUGUUGGGCUUCUCAGAGAAUCCGGGGCUGCAGAUCCCCCUCUUUGCAGUGGUCCUGAUCUUCCACAUUCUCACCAUCGUUGGCAACAGCUCCAUCAUUCUUCUCUCCAUGGUAGAACCCAGACUCCACACACCCAUGUACUUCUUCCUGGGCAAUCUCUCUCUGCUGGACCUAUGCAUCACCUGCACAAUUGUGCCACAGCUUCUGGCCAACCUUUGGGGCCCAGAGAAGACAAUUUCCUCCUGGGGAUGCAUCACACAACUCUACCUUUUCACCUGGACAGGUUAUACUGAAUGUGUCCUGUUAGCAGUAAUGGCUUAUGAUCGCUAUGUGGCAAUCUGCCAUCCUCUCAGAUACAGUCUCAUCAUGCAUCACUGGGCAUGUGUGUGGCUGGUAGCUGUAUCCUGGGCCAGUGGCCUGACCAAUUCCCUGAUACAGUCCACACUCACCCUUCAGCUUCCCCUCUGUGGGCAUCACACCCUGGACCACUUCUUCUGUGAGCUGCCUGCUCUGAUUAAGCUGGCCUGCAGUGAUACUACUGCUAACGACCUCUCCUUCAUCUUCGGUACCAUCCCUUUUGGAGUGAUGGCACCCAUACUGGUGCUCAUCUCUUACACCCUCAUUGCUAGGGCUGUGCUGAAGUUACCUUCCGUGGAGGGAAGGCACAAGGCGUUCAGCACCUGCAGCUCCCACUUGGUGGUUGUCACCAUGUACUUUGGGCCAGGCACCUGCAUGUACAUCCAGCCCCCUUCCAGCAGCACCAAUGCCAAGUUCCUGUCUUUAUUCUACUGUGUCAUCACUCCACUACUCAACCCACUCAUCUAUACCCUGAGAAACAAGGAUGUGAAGGCAGCAUGGAAGAGGAUCCUACAACCCCAGCGUGGGAGGAAUAUUUGUGAAGCCAGAUGA